AUGGAGGCGGCGUGCAGACCCGACGGCGGGGAGCAGGGCCAUCCGGGCAGUGGUGUGGAUGCCCCUGGGGACGCUUCUAUGGACUGCUACUUGCGAUCUCAGGGCUUGUACAGGAAGAGAGUUGCCAAGGAUGGAUCUUGCCUUUUCAGGGCUGUGGCUGAGCAGGUGUUACACUCUCAGUCUCGGCAUAUUGAUGUUAGGAUGGCUUGUGUAGACUAUCUUCGGAAAAAUAGGGAGAAAUUUGAAGCAUUCAUAGAGGGGCCAUUUGAAGAGUAUUUAAAAAGUUUGGAAAAUCCACAGGAGUGGGUUGGACAAGUAGAAAUAAGUGCCCUUUCUCUUAUGUACAAGAAAGAUUUCAUAAUAUAUCGGGAACCAAAUGCUUCUCCUUCACACGUAACUGAAAAUGGCUUUUCUGAUAAGGUAUUGCUGUGCUUCUCAAAUGGAAACCACUAUGAUAUUGUUUAUCCCAUAGAGUAUUUAGAAAAGGCUGCUCUGUGCCAGUCUCUGCUGUAUGAGUUGCUGUAUGAGAAGGUAUUUGACACGGAUGUAAAGAAGAUCGUAGCAGAGCUUAGUGCUGUUGGUGUGACAGAGGAGAGCAAUGGUAGCAGUGAAGUGUCUGCUUCAGAUUCAGACGAUGACAACUACAGAAGUAAAGCUACAACAGUCGGUGAUACGAAUGGAUUGAAAUCUCUUUCUGGCACCAAGCACCUUAAGAGCAAUGGGAAUCCUACCUUGUUGGUCUUACCUAAAAAAGUUCUUAAAUCGCUCAAUCCAUCAGUUUACAGAAAUGUUGAAUAUGAUGUUUGGCUCCAAUCCAAAUGGGAUCAGCAAAAACAAGAUUUCUCUAUUGCUGCUGGCAUGCAAUAUUCCGUUGGAGAUAAAUGUAAAGUGCGCUUAGACCAUAAUGGGAAAUUUUAUAAUGCCCACAUUCAAGAAGUUUGUUCAGAGAAUGGGCCAGUUGUUGUAUUUGUAGAAGAGCUGGGAGCAAAGCAUGCCGUCUCACUGAAGAGCCUUAAACCUCUUCCACAGGCCUCUCCUAUGGAGGGCUGGAACACUGUGCCAGGGAAGAAGAUAAAAAAGUUUUUCCCAACGUGGGGGCAGAAUGCUCAGCCCGAUGCCGACUGCAGAGGGCCGAAGAGUCAGAGCAAGUCGAUAAAACCCCAGUCAGCUCUACCUCCUCGACUUCAGCAUACUGUGGGAACCAGGCAGCAUCAGUUCUCGUGCUCUGGACCCCAGCCUCAUCAGACCUCAACUGAGCAAAAAGCUCCAGGCAGGAAUCCUGCCCAAACUGUAAGAAAACCAGACCGGGAGAGAACUGAGGAUCUGACCCAUGGCAGCAGAGAUUGUAACUACUUCGGCCUGUCUCCAGAGGAACGCAGGGAGAAACAGGCUAUAGAAGAAUCUCGUUCGCUUUACGAGAUCCAGCAGAGGGAUGAACAAGCAUUUCCUGCCCUUUCCAACAACCAGUCAGCCUGUCAGGCUGCUACGCAGACUCUGGAUAACUUAAACCAGAAGAAGUUCUCAAAUAAUGAGAGAAGGAACAGCAAGUGGACAGCAGAGGUGGAAGAGCAGAAGGAUAAAGAGUCAAAUUCCAGGCAGACCCACUUAAGUCAGAAGCUUGAGCCAAAUUCAUCUGAGAAGAGUCAAGAUGAGAGUUACCCAAAAGCUUCGCCUCCUUUGGAACAAGUGAAAACAGAUUCUCCAGUUCUUGCUGAGCAAGUAAGACAUGUUUGUUUGAUUUCAAAGUUUUCUAGUCAGGAGACUUCAGGCAAAGGGGAGCUUCGUCACAGCCAUAACCUGGCAGAAUGCUUACCGAGCGUAACUCCAACACCCUCGCCAGUCUUUCCUGAGGUGCAUUUACCUCCAGCAGUGCCUUCCGUACCAGCCAUUGUGCCAGCUUGGCCAAGUGAGCCAACAACCUAUGGACCAGCAGGUAUUCCAGCCCAAAUACCUGCUUCUUCACUGAUGCCAGCCCCAGCAAUGGGACCUGAUUCUCUUGUAUCGCAGGCUCAGGUAACAUCUGCUCCAGUUGCUGGAGUUCCUCUGUCGCUACAAGCAGUUAACCAGCCUUUAAUGCCUUUGCCUCAGACUCUGAAUCCUUACCAGGAUCCGCUGUACCCUGGAUUCCCUCUUAGUGAAAAGGGAGAAAGAGCCGUUGCACCCUCUUACUCACUGUGCAAUACUGGGGAAGACUUGCCUAAAGAUAAGAAUAUUCUUAGAUUCUUCUUCAAUCUUGGUGUGAAGGCGUACAGCUGUCCCAUGUGGGCACCCCAUUCUUACCUGUACCCCCUGCACCAGGCCUACUUAGCUGCCUGUAGGAUGUACCCGAACGUAUCCCUUCCUGUGUACCUGCACAACCCCUGGUUCCAGGAGGCUCUGCCAGCUCCAAACGAGAACGAAACCGCACGGACAAACCGGCACUUCCCUGUUCAGAGCGAGGCCAGAGCCAACGGCCAGAUUCCACAGGCUGAGACUCGAUCUGCGUCGCUGUCUCUGCUGCUCCCCACUGCUCAGGUCUCAGACAGUCAGGGACCGGUCUGUGUGGAAUCCGAGAACCCUGUGCCAGCUCUUCAUGCCAACUAUGAGGAGUCCCUGAGGGGAAAAAACGUGUUCCCACAGCCGCCCUUUGGGCACAAUCACUUUGUAGGAGCUGUUCCGAUCGCACCUCCGUUCUUUCCUCACUUCUGGUAUGGGUACCCGGUUCAGGGUUUCGUUGACAGUUCGGUAGCGAGACCCAGUGUUGUCAUGUCACCCGAGGACAAAGAGGCAACAGGCAGCACCUCUGCCAGCGCCUACGUGCCGAAAGAAUGCAGCCCUCCGGUGCCGGGGCUGACCUCGGCGGAACAACUUCAGAAGGCGCACAGCGGCGGCGGCUCCAAGGCCGGACCGUUCCCUGUGGCUGGUGCCAGCAGCGAAUGCAGUGCCCCAAAACCAGCUCUGGCUCGGGCACCGCAGUUGCAGCAAACCUGCCCUUCGGCUUCCCCCGCUAAGCAAAAAGCAGCCGGGCCGCGCAAUCGCUCCCCGCAAGCACAGGGCACCGAGUGGCAGGUGGCAGCACCCAACGUGCCACCGCUGUUGGCAGAACCUCCGAAAAACGAACUCAGAAAUAGCGUUCCCGGCCGCAGGGAGAAGACUGAUAAAGGCAGAGAUGCCAGGGGUGCUGGUAACCUGCAGGCAGACAGCAGGGCGCAGAGGACGAGGGAGGAGAGCUCUGAAGACGAGAGCGAUGUUUCCGAUAUGCUGAGAAGCGGAGGAUCCAAGCAGUUUUACAACCAGACUUAUGGAGGAGGCAGAAGGCCUAGACUUGAGUGGGAUUAUUCCAGCAGGGGAGGAUACCACUUCCAGAGAAGCGAGGAAGCCUGGAAGGGACCACCCAGCAGAAGCAGAGACGACGGCUACCACUAUCAGCGGAACUUCAGAGGGAGGCCAUACAGGAAUGACAGGAGAAGGGCAACACCGGGCGAGAACCAGCGGGGGCAUCAAGCAUAG